CCAGUUUAAAAAGAAGAUGACAAGCUUCUCUUGGCGCUCUACACAAUUAAGUUUUCCUGAUACUGAUUGAUAUCAUUAAUUAAGCGUUAGUACGCAGGCGUCAAGUCUGCAACAUAUUUAGAAGGAGUACAUUAGGUCGGGGUGCAUAGUAUCUCGGACUGCCCGCCAAGUCACCCUUGUUUUGGCAGCUGCGAUAUGGACUUGACAACCAGAGAUGUCUAUUUUCAGGCCCCGAGAAGAAGUUCGUUUUCCAUAAAGAACAUUCUUAACCUCCAAGAUGAAAGAGCCUUACCUGCGUUCCCGAGAGUAUCAAGAGAAGAAAUAGAAGAUUCUAAAGUUUCCCUUUUGAGACCCAUGGUGACUCCAAUCACUCAUGCCCUGAAUCCACCGCCAUUAAUGAGGUAUCCUCAUGCUGGUCUGGUCUCUCCACUGGGUGGCAUCAGUUUGAAUUGGCCAGUAGAUCCCGCUGCACAAGCCAACUAUCCUGCGUGGAUUUGCAACACAAGUUUUCUGCAAAGUUAUGAAUAUUUCAAUGGUUUUCCCCAAUAUUUAAAUCUUCCAAGACGCAGAAGGUUCUCUAGAAAGAAGAAGCAGCGUCCACUAUUUUCCCAAAACCAAGUACAAACGAUGGAAAAGGAGUUUGCAAAGCAUCGUUACAUCACAGAAACCAAGCGUGCAGAGCUCUCUACAGAGCUGGGUCUUACAGAAACACAAGUGAAAACGUGGUUCCAAAAUAGAAGAACAAAAUGGAGAAAGGAAAUAAAGGAUCAAGUGGUCACAACAGUAUCUCAAACGAACAAGAACUGUCAGCAAAAUUUGUCGGGAACGAGUUCCUAUAAUGACGAAUUGUCAGCGCCUGCGGCAAGUUCUCGUGCUUUCACAGACUUGUUUCAACGGGAUAUGUUCAUAGUGUAAUAAACCAAGUUGUGUGGUGGCAGACAGGUAUUUCACUUGAACUCUAUCAAAAUGGUGUUAAUUGAUUUAGCCAUGCUAAGCUAAAAGCCCUUCUUGGACCUCGUGGCUCUAAAGUUAGAUGGCUCCUCACUCGAACUGUUAUCCAAAUUGUUAUAUCUUGAACUUUCUGGUUCUUACCAGAACGUAAGGGAAAUUCUGUGAUUUUCAAGCAUUGUACUUUGACCUGAAGAGUGCAGAGCAAGAUCAGCCUGUUCUGGCUAGCAUAUCAACGAGAUAUUUGUGAAGCUAUACUAAAAUGUAAAAUACCUGCCACAAAGCAUUAUAGGAAAAGCUAAGUAUUGAUACAGAUCGUCCAAAAUUUCAAUAAUGAACGAAAUAAGACUUUUUUUUCUUAAUUUCCUUUCCCGAAAUGAUUUAUAAACGAACGCCUGAUACGGUUGCGUUAAAAACACUGCAAAUAUUGGCUUCGAUAUUACGUAUGUACUCAUUUGGAAAGACACACAUAUUGGUUAAUUCAGUCCUAGAGUGAGCUUCGUACGUUUUUAUGCUAUAUGUUUGUAAAUUUAACUCCA